AUGCAGGUUCGCAAACAGUUUCACGCUACGUACGCCCUCAUCACCGAACGCAUCGUGGAUGAAGACCAGUACCUCGUGCGCAGCCUUGCGAGGAAAGGGCUGCAAAAGCACAUGGAACGGCUUUGGGUCAAUCGACCGGGAUACAAACACCGCCAUCAUGGAACCCUUUUCUUACUCCGCAACUGCUCACGGAGCGCAUUGAUUCUGAUUGACGCGGCGCUUUCGAUUCGAUCCCAGUUAGAUAGACAGAUUGAUCCAGGCGUUGCGAUGCCUGUUGGGAGGCGCGAGGGCGUUUCCUUGGCGCUGGAAAUGACCCUUUAUUGGAAGGAUAUAUCGGUGGAUAGUGCGUAUUUGGCUAAAAUCCUCGAAGCCGGAUGGAAGAAAGCCGAGAAUUGUUGA